AUGGCUGAUGAUCAAAGAGCAAAAAUCAUAUCUCUUAACAGAAAGAGAGGUAGUAUAAAAUCCUCUUUAACAAAGCUGAACUCUUUUAUCGAAACGGAUGAUUCAAAGGACUCAAUAGUGUAUCAAACCAAACUGGAUAAUCUUCUCAAGAUUAAACAAAACCUAGAACAGAUUAAAGAAGAGUACUUCGUCAUAGCCGAGGAUUCCGAAUUACAAGAAUUGGAAGAUUCGGUAGAAGAAUUAGAAGAAGAGCGCGAAAGACUAGAGAAUAAUAAUUUAGAAAAAAUAAUGGAACGAUUUUGGCAAGUCGAAACAUUACAUGAAAAUCAAUUUUCUUUAAGUGAAGAUUCAAUUUAUUGUGAGAAACAUUUCAAGCAAACAUACAAACGCAAUGAGGAAGGUAGAUAUAUUGUGGAAAUGCCAAUAAAGGAGAAUCCCCCUGUGUUAGGUGAAUCAAAACAAAUAGCGCGAAAUCGUCUAGACAGUUUAAUUAAAAGGCUAAACAAAAACCCGCAAAUGAAAAAGCUCUAUUCUGAAUUCAUUGAGGAAUAUGCAGCUCUUGGUCACAUGGAAAGAGUAAUGGAAGAUGAAUUACCAGAAACUAAUUAUUUUUUACCUCAUCAUGGAGUCUACCGGGAAGGAUCUACAAGCACCCCUCUAAGAGUAGUCUUCAAUGCUAGCUCCCCUAGCUCUAAUGGAGUUUCAUUAAAUGAUUUAUUGGGUAAAGGUGAUGUUGAGGACAUUUUUGAAUUAAUAUUAAGGUUCAGGACACACAAGUUUGCCUUUACAUUUGACAUUCAAAAGAUGUUUCGUCAGAUUUUAGUUGUGCCACAUCAAAGAGACUAUUUACGAAUUUUAUGGUUUGAUGACAGUUCCCAUCAAGAAGUAACAUUUAGAUUAAAAACUGUGACAUAUGGCACUUCAUGUGCCCCUCAUCUUGCCGUACGCACCAUUAAACAAUUAGCUUUAGAUGAAGCGUCGGACUUUCCGUUAGCAUCGGAAAUGGUUUUACGCGACCUUUACAUGGAUGAUGGGAUUACAGGUGCCCCGGAUAUCCAAACUGCUCAAAUUCUACAACAACAGCUGAUAAAAAUGUUCGCAAGAGCAGGAAUGUCUUUACAUAAAUGGACUUCAAACUCACAGGAACUUUUAAAUAGUUUUCCAGCUUCUAAUCCUGAAAACACUUUUCCCAUAGAUGAGCAGGUCUCAAAGGCUCUUGGCAUGCAUUGGAAGCCUUUCGAGGAUUUAUUCAUAUUCACAGUCAAGUAUGAAAAUGAAUCUAUGCUCACGAAACGAACAGUUCUCUCAAUCAUUGCAAGACUCUACUACCCCUUGGGUCUGCUGGGACCAGUUAUCUCUAAAAUGAAGAUUUUUCUCCAAAAAUUGUGGUUGCAAAAACUUACAUUUGACGACCCUCUUCCUCCAGCCAUUGGUAAAGAGUGGAGUCAUUUAGUUCAAUCCCUUAGGGCUCUUGAGCUGGUAAAAAUCCCAAGAUGGAUUUUAAAUGAAAAUCCUGUAAAAUUAAUUCUUCAUUGUUUCUCAGACGCCAGUGAAGCCGCAUAUGGAGCAGUUAUUUAUCUACAGUGCAUCAGUGCCAAUGAUAUAGUCACAUCUAGACUUGUAUGCAGCAAAUCUCGAGUCUCCCCAUUAAAGACUGUCUCCAUUCCCAGAUUGGAACUUUGUGGAUGUCUUCUCGCCGCUCAACUAAAAGCCAAGGUUGAAAAAGCUUUACAUCUACAAAUUGAUAGCGCAGUGAUGUACACAGAUUCCUUAUUUCCUUACUAUUUCCUUAGCCUGGAUUCAAACACCACCACAUCGUCUCAAGACAUUUGUUGCAAAUAG